AUGGCUCAACAUUUAUUAAAAGAAAUGCCUAAUAAAACCAAAAAGCUAAAAAUUGUGGUUGGAUUUAAUGGACGUCAUAAUAGUUUGAGAUUCGCUCAAUUAGCCUCCAAUGUAUUUAUCAAAAACGGAAUUCGUGUAACUUUGUUUUCUGCAUGUGUUCCAACACAUGUUGUUUCUUCUGCCGUUGUUGGAUUAAAUUGUGAUGCUGGAUUAAUGAUAACAGUCUCCCAAAACCCAAAUAAAUACAAUGGCUUUACAGUUUAUUGGAAUAAUGGAGCCCAAAUACUUCAACCUAUAGAAAAAGAAAUUCGUCUUCUUUCUAAGGAAAAACCCAAAGAAGAAUAUUGGAACACUACAACUCUUUCUACAAACAAUUUAUUUUCUGUUGUUGCUGAUUCUAUUCUGGAUAAAUAUUUUGCUGCUGAGUCUUCUGCUUGUUGUUUUUAUAGAGAAUUAAAUGCAAAAACUUCACUUAAAAUUACUUAUUCUUCCUUUAAUGAUGAUGGUUUUAAAUUUGCUCAACGAAUGUUUAAAGAAUUUGGAUUUCCAGAAGAUGCUUUUUCUUGUGUUAAGGAACAAGCCGAACCCGAUCCAGACGGCUCCUCUCCUGAUGUUCUCAAACUUUGUUAUCAAAAAGCGGAGGAAACUGAUGCUACUUUAAUUUUGGCUAAUGAUCAAAAUGCCAAUAGGCUUCAAAUUGCUGAAAGACAACCCGACGGCAGUUGGUAUUUAUUUAAUGGGAAUGAAAUGGGUACUUUAUUAACAUGGUGGAUUUGGACGCAAUGGAAACAAAGAAAUUCGGAUUUACCUGGAGAAGAUUUUUAUGUUAUAAACGGGUCGUUUUCUUCUCAUAUAGUUGCUAAAAUGGCUAAAAUGGAAGGCUUCAAAAACGAUGUUUCUUUAGCUGGUUUCAAAUAUUUUGGUGAUAAGGCACUUGAACUUCGAGCGAAAGGAAAAUUGGUUAUUCUUGCUUGGGAAGAAUCUAUAGGGUUUGCAACAGGAACAACUCUUGAUAAGAACGAAACAAGUGUAGCAGCAGUUUUUACAGAAAUGGCCAAUUAUUUACCUUCUCAAAAAUUAAAUAUGAAACAACAAUUAUUUAAUAUUUACAAUAAAUAUGGCCUCUAUUUGAUUACAGAAUAUAUUCAUGAUUAUAAUGUGAAAUCUGGAAAAAGAAUUAAUGUUGGGGGUCACUUAUACUCCUUUUAUAUGAAGAAAUCAACAAAAUUUACAAAAUCAACAAAAUUUACAUGGUUUUGUGUACUACGCAACAACCCGAAGAUUAAAUGUAAUGGCACAAUCCACACAUACAUAAAAGACAAAACAAAAAAUAUCAUAAUUAUGGGUACAGAACACAAUGCUGCUUGUAUUUCCCAAAAAAAUUCAACACAAUUUGCUUUGAACAACACGUUGUCACCACAACAACAUUUGUCUUCAAAUAUUUCUGAAAAUGAUGUUUAUGAUCUAGAAAAAGAAGAAACACCACCUGAAGAAAUUCUAAAAUCUCCUCUUUCAACUAAUAAUUAUGAAAAUGUUGUAGUGUGGGGACGUGGUCUUUUGUCUGUUGGAACGGGUGCUAAUGAGGAGCUUGGUGUAUAUGUGGAUAAUUGUGAGGAUGAAGUUAUUGUUAGUGUUAAAAAAGAUGAUUCAGAUGACCUGCUCAUCCCUGUUUCUCGACAAGAUUUUGAACAGAGACCGUCAGCAGCUUCACAACCGUUUACUGCUAUAAAUCCUCGACAAUCUUUCGUUUUUACUCCGAGUACAAGCGGGAAGUAUGAGGUUUCUGUCAAAAGCGCUGCUAGCAAUGUACAUUUGGGAAGCAGUCCUUACAAGAUCGUGGUUGGCCCAAAGAACAUUUCAAGUAUUCGAGCUAUCGGUCCUGGAUUGGUUGGAGGUGUUGCUGAUGAAAUGGCUGUCUUUUAUGUUGACAUACAUGGAAGAGCAAAUUGUUUAGAAUUUUCAAUCGAAGGACCCAGCGAACCGGAGAUUAUUUGCUCUGACGAUGAUGAAGGAACGGCGUUGGUUGAAUACACACCUCAUGUUCCGGGGUGUUACACAAUCAACAUCACCGAACAUGCCACAAAUUCACACAUAAAAGAUUCUCCUUUUGUUCUUUGGAUUGAACCAUCAAAUUUGCUUCCUUUUAAAAACGUUGACCGCCCAAUUCGAAUACCAUCAUUUGAAAGCAACAAAGGACAAGUCAACAAACAAUUUAAUUUUAAAAUUCCAAAGGAAAUUGGUUUGGAUUUUGUUUUUAAAUGA